AUGCGGUAUAUCAGGAUUGUGGAAUACGCAACCAGGGAGCAAGCACAGAACGCUGUCAACACGCUUAGCAACCAGAACCUGAUGGGUCGUCUCGUUUACGUUCGUGAGGACCGUGAAGCCGAGCCCCGUUUCGUCGGUGGUCCUCCUCGUGGUGAUUUCGGCCCCGGUCGUGGUGGCUUCGGUGGUGGUUUCGGCGGUGCUCCGGGAAAUGCUGGCCGUCAAAUCUAUGUUUCAAACCUUCCAUUCAACGUUGGCUGGCAAGACCUGAAAGAUCUGUUCCGCCAAGCUGCUCAGCAGGGUGCCGUCAUUCGUGCCGAUGUGCACACCGACCCCAGUGGACGCCCCAAGGGCUCCGGUAUCGUUGCUUUCGAAUCUCCUGAUGAUGCCCGCAAUGCCAUUACCCAGUUCAACGGUUACGACUGGCAGGGCCGCAACCUUGAGGUCCGCGAGGAUCGUUUUGCUGGCGGUGGUCCCGGUGGUAACUUCGGUGGACGCGGCGGCUUUGGUGGUGGAUUCGGCGGCCGUGGCGGCUUCGGCGGUCCUCCCGGUGGCCGUGGUGGCUUUGGUGGUCGCGGUGGAUUUGGCGGUGGCUUUGGUGGCCGUGGCGGUUUCGGCGGUCCCCCCGGUGGUUUCCCCGGUGGUGGCUUCGACCACGGCGGUGCUCCUGUUGCCUCGGCACCUCCAAACCCCUUCACUGACUUUGCUACUUCCAACGGCGACAAGAGCAGUGUUAUCUACGUUCGCAACCUUCCCUGGUCUACCUGCAACGAUGACUUGAUUGAUCUGUUCUCCACCAUUGGAAAGGUCGACCGUGCCGAGAUCCAGUACGAGCCCAAUGGCCGCUCCCGCGGUACUGGCGUCGUCCAAUUCGAUACCGCAGACACAGCAGAGACAGCCAUUUCUAAGUUCUCCGGCUACCAGUACGGUGGUCGACCCCUCGGAAUCACCUUCGUCAAGUAUAUGACCCCCAACGUUCCUCAUGACGACAUGAUGGAAGGCCAGCAGGAUCACCCAUCUGGCCUCACCCAGGACCAGAUCAUGUAAUCUGGUCUUUCUGCACCCGUGGACGUCUGCACGCCUGCACAUCAUGAUUGUUUUCCGGGGUUCGAUCGUCUCGGGCUAUGAGUUCUUCGGCUUUCUUCCUUUCUCUGCGCUUUUCUUUUCUUUCGAUGAUUCCCUUAUUCCCAUCCCGUUUCUUUUGAGGCUUUGAGCUCAAAAUGGGGAUCCGGUGCCCGUUUGGGCUGAUCACCUCUGCUCUUCUUUUUUUCUAGAAUGGAAGAAAAGCUUUCUGCGUUUAUACCAGCAAGGUGACAUGUCUCCUUGUUCGUUUAUUUGUAGUUUUCGUAUAUAUAUCGGUAUCUCGAGAGCUGUUGUUCCGUUUCCGUAGCCACGGCCUAGCAGUCUCGCUGUGCGUCACGCCUAAUUUGACAUGACGCCAACUCGCGCCCGUUCAAUCCUCGCGAUGCAAUGAUACUUUCCCCCCUUUUGUUAGGAGAACUCGGUAGGACUUGUACUUUGACAUCACCCUCUCGCUCACCCUCGCUCACCCUUACUCAGCAUACUUCUAUACUUCCUACCUACCUCUUUCCUACCUCUUUACACCCGGCUCUCCUGCC